AUGGCUUCCCCUAUUGUUCUCGCUUUUGACGCUGAGGGUCGAGCCAUUGACUUUGAGGUUUGGGUAGAUGACCUGCAGCUCUUCUUACAGUGCGAUAGGGCAGACGGUCUCUCCCUCUUUGACCUCACCUCUGGCGCCUCUCCUGCCGCUGCUGCUGAUGCUGACCCCACUGUUCGCUCCCAGUGGGCCAUACGGGAUGCUGCUGCACGUCUUGCUGUGCGUCGCCACCUCCCUACCUCUGAGCGCGCGCACUUUAGUCAGUACAAGAGUGCUCACACCUUAUACGACGCUAUAGUUGCGCGCUACUCUUCCCCUGCCACUGCUGCACUGAGCCGCCUCAUGCUACCGUACCUCUUUCCUGACCUUGCUGCCUUUCCCACAAUCGUUGACCUCGUUACGCACCUCCGCACUAGUGACACUCCCUACCGCGCCGCACUUCCUGCUGAGGGUGUUCCCCUUCCCCCUUGUUGCCCUCUGUCGUCUCUGCUGCUGCGGCCGACCUCGCUGGUCUUGAAUCGGUCGGUGCGGCGUCUGCCAUUAGCGGGAGACGCCACCCUGGCAAGGGCAAGGGGGGCAAGGGCGCGGGUGGGGCUAGCGGGGGUGGUGGAGGUGGCAAUGGGGGCGGUGGGGGGAGUGGGGGUGGCAGUCGGAGUGGUGGCGGGGGUGGAGGUGGCGGUGGCAGCGGCGGAGGCGGAGGCGGCGGUAGCGGUAGCGGUGGGAGCGGAGGCGGCAGUGGCGGCGGAGGUGGAGGCAGCGGUGGUGGAGGAGGUGGAGCUGGUCGGGGUGCGUCAGCGUGGUGGGGGUUUUGGCCCGUGCACCUACGUCCUCCGCUCCGGCGACCGCGCGGGUGAGCAAUGUGGGGGUGCUCACCCCACCCAGCGCUGCUUUGGCCGCCUGACGGACGCUUGGCGUCACCAGUUCCCGGAGGCUAGUGAGAUCCCCCACUGGGGAGAGCUGUCUAGGGCAGGCGUAGCUGUCUUUGAUCUUGACUUUGAUGCUAUCCUUGCUGCCAUGUAUGCUUUGACUAUUUGUGAUGAGGGGGACUGUUACCGGUGUUUCCCGCCCGACCCGGGCAUUGGUACUGCUGCUCUAGGUACUAGUGAGGCUGCUGCUCUAGGUGCCAAUGCGUCCGCGCCCUCAGGUGCUGGUGAGUUUGCGCUCUCAGGUACCACGUCGGCUUCGGCCUCCCUCACCUUCACACUUGACUCAGGGGCUUCUCGCUCCUUCUUUCAAGACCGCACCACACUCACGCCGCUUGGUCGGCCGGUUGCAGUCUCCCUGGCAGACCCCUCUGGGGGUUCUGUCCUCUCUCACUUCUCCACUGUCCUCCCGUGUCCGGCUGCCCCCUCUGGCACCUUGUCUGGUCUUUACCUCCCCUCGUUCUCUACGAACUUGGUGAGUGGUGCUGACCUGCAAGAUACGGGGGUUCACCAGUUCACUCCGGCGAGUCAGCGGGUGACUGUGAGGAUCUGGGAUCGAGCUCAGAAAAGAUGA